AAUUUUGAAAAAGUAAAAAAAAGUAAAAACUUCUUUAAUUUCCAUAAGUAUGCGAUUUAUUGCUGAAUAUGAUUCCAGAUGAGUAGAGUACAGAACUUUGGACAGAAAAUCAAGGCUCUCAUGUGACAACUGCUGACAAAAACUAGUCAACUGAUGAUAUUAACAGAACAAUGGAUAGUAUGAAAAUUGAUGUACAUUGGUCCCCUACUAAUCCUGAUCAGUUCCUUACAUUUGGUACGGACCUGAGGUUGUAUGGUGUAGAGACAAUAAAAGAUGGAUCUGAGAUCGGGCCACAAGGGGUACAGAUUGGACCAGAUAAAUGUGCUAAUCUUUUAGCCAUGAAUAAUGAAAAGCAGUUCAUUAGAUGUAUAUCCUGGUACCGUCAAGCUCCCCCAGACCCCCUAAUAGCAGUAGGCCUGGCCAGUGGCAAAGUCAUCUUAUCAGGGUUUGGAAAAGGAAUAGAUGAUCCAUUGAAUUUAGUGGGAAAGGAAUUUGUUUCAAACAGACACACAAGACAAUGUCACUGCCUUGCUUGGAACCAUGUCGAGAAAACAUUGUUGGCAGAAGGUUUAGAUAAAUAUCGUAUGGACCCAGCAAUUCUCAUCUGGGACGUCCUUGCAAAGCCAAGUGGAGACCUAAGUGUAACUCCUGAACGCAAACCAGUUGUCAUGCAUCAUGACCCGGCUACAGUCGUAACUAGGCCUUUAUAUGAACUAGGAAGUGGUGAAACGUGUUAUUCACUGGACUGGAUACGUAAUGAACCAAAGACACUCCUCGCUGGGAUGAACAACAAAAGUCUUAGAAUAUAUGAUCUCAGAGAUUCCAGUAAGUCUCAACGUGUGGCAGAUGCCUACACUAAAGCUGUACAUGGUAUUAAGGUUGAUCCUCACUGUGAACACAGGCUAGCAUCAUUCCAUGAGUCACAAAUACAUGUGUGGGAUAUAAGAAACUUUGACAAACCUAUGUUAACAUUUAGUGAUCAAAAACCAGUCAUGAAGAUCUCUUGGUGCCCAACUAGAACUGGUCUCCUUGCCUCGUUGGUGCGUGAUAGCUCUGCUGUUAAGCUGUAUGAUAUACAGCACACUAAUAUUGGCACAGAUGAUGUAGAACCCACUGUCAUAGAAAGAUAUGUUCAGCCUGGGACUCCUCACAGUCUGUCAUCAUUCUCAUGGCAUAAUACAUGUGAGAAUAGACUUAUUACUGUCUCUACCUCUAGUGCCCUGAGGGAUGUCACAGUCUUUGAAAGAAUAGCAUUGAAAUGGUGCCCCAACCAGUACUUGAUGUGGUCUUGUGGGAGGAAGAUUCAACAGCUAAAGACCACUCAGUAUAUUAGAGAAGCUGCAACUGAUAUCUCAAUUACAAUGAAACGUAGAGCUAUGAAAGAAUAUGGUCUUCAGAUUGAACAGCUGGGACAAAAUGGUUACCUUGUUGGUGACAAUGCAUUGUUAAUCAACCUCUGGGGAUGGUUAGAUUAUGUGAAUGGGCUUCAUAAUAAUGGGGAUUUAAAAGUAACCAAAGGAUCUUCCAAAUAUAUGGGUGUGAAAUCCAUACUUCUGGGUGAAGGGACGUCAAAUGGGUUAAUGUCAAAAAGUACCCUCAACUACAUGGUGUGGCAGGGACUGGGGUCUGGCAAAUAUGGAGGUUCGGCACCGAGGACUUACAGCAGUGAGGAACGGUCAAAGGCAUUAACCCUUUGCAGUUGGGGCUUUGAAAAGGAUGAGAUGAAACUCAAUGCAAUUAUAGAUAGAUAUGAAAGUUUGAACCAGUUUGAAAGAGCAGCUGCUAUAGCCUUAUUCAAUUUAAAGAUAAGACGGGCGAUCCAGAUACUCAAUGAUGGCGCAAUGAAAAGUGGCUCACAAGGCGUUAAUUUGAAUGUUGUUGCUAUGGCACUCAGUGGUUUCACUGAUGACAAAAACACACUUUGGCGAGAAAUGUGCAGCACAUCAAGAUCUCAACUUAUGAACCCUUACCUUAGAGCUAUGUUUGCCUUCCUCACAGGAACUCAUGAUAAUUAUGAAGAUGUUCUGCAAGAGGAGGGACUUGAGGUUCAAGACAGAGUGGCAUUCGCCUGUACAUUUCUCAAUGACGUCAAACUUGCAGAAUAUAUUUCUGACCUGACAAAGUCUCUUACUGAUGCUGGUAAUCUGGAUGGCAUUCUCUUAACAGGUCUGACAAAAUUGGGACUUGAGCUGUUACAGAACUAUGUUGAUAAUACAGGAGAUGUGCAAACGGCUGCCCUUGUUGUCAUUCAGGCAUUCCCAGGGGACAUAUCAAAGGAUCAAAGGGUUUUAACCUGGAUUGAAAGCUAUCGGGACCUGCUGGACCAGUGGAAGCUUUGGCAUCAGAGGGCAGAAUUUGAUGUUCACCGGCAAAAAUGUGACACAGGGGCACGACCAGCUAGUCAGAUCUUUGUAAGCUGUAACUUCUGUGGCAAGUCCAUAGCAUACAACAUGUUAGCAGCUGGCAGGCGAAGGCAUAACUAUCCAUCAUUUGGAGGAUCUCCGACCAACAAAACUAAAAUUGAGAGUUGUCCAGGCUGUAGGAAACCUCUACCUCGCUGUGCACUAUGUCUCAUUAAUAUGGGAACUGCUGCAGGAUCAGCUCUUGCCGUACCUAGGGAUUCCACUGGAGAGAAUGGAAAGUUAACAAAAUUACGAGAAUGGUUCACCUGGUGUCAAACAUGUCGACAUGGUGGCCAUGCUGAACAUAUAACAGAAUGGUUCAAGUUACACUCAGAAUGCCCUGUAUCUGGCUGCCAAUGUAAGUGCUUCACUCUGGACACUUCCUUAACAUCAAAUACUUCUAGUAGCACAGUCAUGGUGAACUCAUGACAACACAUACAGAGGAACAUAUUAGGAAAUAUGUAGCUUCUAAUCCUAAAGUCACCAUUGAAGAGAUGGACAUUGGAUUAAGAGCUAGUUGUGCAACUCCAAAGGAACACUUUGCCUUAGUGGUGCAUGCAGUUAGAAUGGAACAGUGUGCCAAAUUGAAAAGUCUGUUUUAAUGAUUUAGUUAUUGAUGAACACUAUUUUAAAAAAUCCACAAAAGCUUUUGAUUAAAAAGCUGCACCCAUCACAAUAAUUGACUAAAGACAAAGUCCAUCUUGCCAAUUUUAUAGCUUGGAGAUUUGGAAUAGUGCACCCUUCAUUCACAAAGGACUUCAUUUAUUACUCAAUUAUGUAAAGAAGUGAAAUACCGUUGGACCAAGGAUGGAAUAGUGC